UGGGACCGAGUUUGGGACCGAGUUUGGGAUCGAGUUUGGGACCGAGUUUGGGACCGAGUUUGGGAUCGAGUUUGGGAUCGAGUUUGGGAUCGAGUUUGGGAGCCGGGAGCGGAGCCGGGAGCGGAGCAUGGCAGAGCAGCCCGGGGUGCCCGGCCCGCGGCUGCAGCGCGGGGCUACGGCGGGCGAGGGGCGGCGCUGAGCGGACCCCGAACCCCCCCGGGACCCCCGAACCCCCCCGGGACCCCCGAACCCUCCGGGACCCCCGAACCCGCCGGCAUGGCCCGCUGGAUCCCCACCAAACGCGAGAAGUACGGGGUCGCCAUCUACAACUACGAGGCCGCUCAGGACGUGGAGCUGUCGCUGCAGGUUGGGGACACCGUUCACAUCCUGGAGAUGUACGAAGGCUGGUACCGAGGAUACACGCUCCGGAAUAAAUCCAAGAAGGGCAUUUUCCCAGAAACCUACAUCCAUUUAAAAGAGGCCAUCGUGAAGGACCGAGGGCAGCACGAGACGGUGAUCCCCAGCGAGCUGCCCCUGGGCCAGGAGCUGACGGCGACGCUGCGCGAGUGGGCCGGGAUCUGGCACCGGCUCUACGUGAACAACAAAACCACGCAGUUCAGGCACGUGCAGCAGCUCACCUACAGCCUGAUAGAGUGGAGAUCCCAAAUCCUGUCCGGGACCCUGCCCAAGGAUGAGCUGGCCGAGCUCAAGAAGAAAGUCACUGCCAAGAUCGACUACGGGAACAGGAUCCUGGGUCUGGACCUGGUUGUCCGAGAUGACAACGGGAACAUCCUGGACCCCGAUGAGACCAGCACCAUCUCCCUCUUCAAGGCCCAUGAGACGGCAUCCAAGAGGAUUGAUGAGAGGAUCCAGGAGGAGAAGUCCCUGCAGCAGAGUUUGGACCUCCGGGGGCAGCCAAUAUUCAACUCCACCCACACCUACAGCCUCUAUGUGAACCUCAAGAACUUUGUGUGCAACAUUGGGGAGGAUGCAGAGCUGCUGAUGAGCCUCUACGACCCCGACCUCUCCAAAUUCAUCAGUGAAAAUUACCUGGUUCGUUGGGGCAGCAAUGGGAUGCCUAAAGAGAUUGAGAAGCUGAACAACCUCCAGGCAGUGUUUACUGACUUGAGCAGCUCUGACCUGAUCCGGCCCAGGAUCAGCCUGGUGUGCCAGAUCGUGCGGGUGGGGCACAUGGAGCUGAAGGAGGGCAAGAAGCACACGGGGGGGCUGCGGCGGCCCUUCGGCGUGGCAGUGAUGGACAUCACGGACAUCAUCCACGGCAGGGUGGACGACGAGGAGAAGCAGCACUUCAUCCCCUUCCAGCAGAUUGCCAUGGAGACCUACAUCAGGCAGCGCCAGCUCAUCAUGUCCCCCCUGAUGGCCUCGCACGGCAUCGGCGAGAACGAGCCCCUCACCGCCGUCUUCAACAAGGUCAUCGCCGCCAAGGAGGUCAACCACAAGGGCCAAGGUCUCUGGGUCUCCCUGAAGCUGCUCCCCGGGGAUCUGGCUCAGGUUCAGAAGGAUUUUUCCCACCUUGUGGACAGAUCCACUGCGGUGGCUCGAAAAAUGGGCUUCCCUGAGAUCAUCCUUCCUGGUGACGUCCGGAACGACAUCUACGUCACCCUGAUCCAGGGGGAGUUCGACAAAGGCAAGAAAAAAACCCCCAAAAACGUCGAGGUCACCAUGUCUGUGCACGACGAGGACGGGAACCUGCAGGAGAAAGCCAUCCACCCCGGGGCUGGCUGCGAGGGCGUCUCCGAGUACAAGUCCGUGGUUUAUUACCAGGUCAAGCAGCCCUGCUGGUACGAGACCGUCAAGGUGGCCAUCGCCAUCGAGGAGGUCAGCCGCUGCCACCUGAGGUUCACCUUCCGCCACCGCUCCUCGCAGGAGUCCAGGGACAGGUCAGAGAGGGCCUUUGGCGUGGGCUUUGUGAAGCUGAUGAACGCGGACGGGACCACGCUGCAGGAUGGCAAACACAACCUGAUCGUGUACAAGGGUGACAACAAGAAAAUGGAAGAUGCCAGGAGUUAUUUGACCCUUCCUUGCACCAAGACAGAGGUGGAGGAGAAGGAUUCACCCUCGGGGAAAAACCUGCACGCCCUGGGCAAGGACAGCACCAAGGACAGCUUCCAGAUCGCCACUGUCAUCUGCUCCACCAAGCUCACCCAGAACGUCGACCUGCUGGGUUUGCUGAACUGGCGCUCCCACGCCCACAGCAUCGCCCACAACCUGAGGAAGCUGAUGGAGGUGGAAGGAGGGGAGAUCGUGAAGUUUUUGCCAGACACCCUCGAUGCCCUUUUCAACAUCAUGAUGGAAAUGUCAGAAAAUGAAACCUACGAUUUCCUGGUCUUUGAUGCCCUGGUAUUUAUCAUUUCUCUGAUUGGAGACAUCAAGUUCCAGCACUUCAACGCCGUGCUGGAGACGUACAUUUACAAACACUUCAGUGCCACCCUGGCCUACGUGAAGCUCACCAAAGUCCUGAACUGCUACGUGGGGAACGCUGAGGACUCCAGCAAGACAGAGCUGCUCUUUGCAGCCCUGAAAGCCCUGAAAUACCUGUUCAGGUUCAUCGUGCAGUCACGGGUGCUGUACCUGAGUGUUUAUGGGCAGAGCGAGGAUGGGAAUGAAUUCAACGAUGGAAUUCGCCAGCUCUUCCUCUCCUUCAACGUCCUCAUGGACAGGCCCCUGGAGGAGGCUGUCAAGAUCAAGGGGGCAGCUCUGAAGUAUUUGCCAAGCAUCAUAAAUGAUGUCAAGCUGGUGUUUGACCCCGUUGAGCUCAGUGUCCUCUUCACCAAGUUCAUCCAGAGCAUCCCUGAGAACCAGCUGGUGCGGCAGAAGCUGAACUGCCUGACCAAGAUCGUGGAGAGCGACCUGUUCAGGCAGGCAGAGUGCAGGGACGCCCUCCUGCCCCUGCUCGUGGAUCAGCUGAGUGGGCAGCUGGAUGACAACUCCAGCAAGCCCGACCACGAGGCCAGCUCGCAGCUCCUCAGCAGCGUCCUGGAGGUCCUGGACCGCAAAGAUGUGGGUGCCACCGCUCUGCACAUCCAGCUGAUGAUGGAGCGGCUGCUGCGCCGCGUCAACCGCACCGUGAUCGGGAUGAGCCGCCAGUCCCCGCACAUCGGGAUUUUCGUGGCCUGCAUGACAGCCAUCCUCAGGCAGAUGGACGAUUUCCAUUACAGCCAUUACAUCAACACCUUCAAAACCAGGCAGGACAUCAUCGAUUUCCUGAUGGAGACCUUCAUCAUGUUCAAGGACCUGAUUGGGAAGAACGUGUACGCAGCAGACUGGAUGGGGAUGAACAUGAUGCAGAGCAGGGUUUUCCUCCGGGCAGUGAAUCAAUUCACCUCCGUCCUCAACCGAUUCUUCCUGGACCCAGCUAGUUUUGAGCUCCAGCUCUGGAAUAACUAUUUCCAUUUGGCCGUGGCCUUCCUCACCCACGAGUCCCUCCAGCUGGAGACCUUCUCCCAGGCCAAACGCACCAAAAUCAUCAAGAAGUAUGGGGACAUGAGGAAAGAAAUCGGCUUCAAAAUCAGGGAUAUGUGGUACAACCUGGGUCCCCACAAAAUCAGAUUUAUCCCGGCCAUGGUGGGGCCAAUCCUGGAGGUGACACUGGUGCCAGAGCCUGAGCUGAGGAAAGCAACAAUUCCCAUUUUUUUUGACAUGAUGCAGUGUGAGUUCAACUUCAGUGGCAAUGGGAACUUCCACAAGUUUGAAAACGAGCUGAUCACCAAGCUGGACCAGGAGGUGGAGGGAGGCCGAGGGGAUGAGCAGUACAAGGUCCUGCUGGAGAAACUGCUCCUGGAGCACUGCAGGAAGCACAAGUACCUGGCAGCCUCGGGGGAGGUGUUUGCCCUGCUGGUGAGCAGCCUGCUGGAGAACCUGCUGGACUACAGGACCAUCAUGCACGACGAGAGCAAGGAGAACCGCAUGAGCUGCACUGUCAACGUGCUGAAUUUUUACAAGGAGAAGAAGCGAGAGGACAUUUACAUCAGGUACCUGUACAAGCUCAGGGACCUGCACACGGACUGUGAGAACUUCACAGAGGCCGCCUACACCCUGCUCCUGCACGCGGAGCUGCUCCAGUGGUCGGAGAAGCCGUGCGUGCCUCACCUGCUGCAGAGGGACACCUACUACGUGUCCUCCCAGCAGGAGCUGAAGGAGAAGCUCUACCAGGAGAUCAUCUCCUUCUUCGACAGGGGCAAGAUGUGGGAAAAAGCCAUCCAGCUGAGCAAGGAGCUGGCUGACAUGUAUGAAAACAAGAUCUUCGACUACGAGGGACUUGGUAACCUCCUGAAAAAAAGAGCCACUUUUUAUGAGAAUAUCAUGAAGGCCAUGAGACCUCAGCCCGAGUACUUUGCUGUUGGAUACUACGGGCAGGGUUUUCCCUCUUUCCUGCGGAACAAGGUUUUCAUCUACCGUGGCAAGGAGUACGAGCGCAGGGAGGAUUUUAACCUGAAGCUGCUGACGCAGUUCCCCAGUGCUGAGAAGAUGACCAGCACGGCCCCUCCAGCAGAGGAGAUCAAGGCUUCCCCCAAACAGUAUGUGCAGUGCUUCAUUGUGAAGCCUGUGAUGAACCUGCCACCAAAUUACAAAGAUAAACCUGUUCCUGAGCAGAUCUUAAACUACUACAGAGCCAACGAGGUGCAGCAGUUCACCCACUCCAGACCUGUCAGGAAGGGAGAGAAAGAUCCAGACAAUGAGUUUGCUAACAUGUGGAUAGAAAGGACAACCUACACCACAGCUUAUUCAUUUCCUGGCAUCCUCAAGUGGUUUGAGGUCAAACAGGUCACAACGGAGGAGAUCAGCCCCCUGGAGAACGCCAUCGAGACCAUGGAGCUGACCAACGAGAGGAUCACCAACAUUGUGCAGCAGCACACGUGGGACAGGAGCCUGCCCGUGCACCCCCUGUCCAUGCUGCUCAGCGGCAUCGUGGACCCCGCCGUCAUGGGGGGCUACACCAACUAUGAAAAGGCCUUCUUCACCGAGAAAUACCUCCAAGAACAUCCUGAAGAUCAAGACAAAAUCGAGCUGCUCAAGCAACAGAUUGCUAUACAGAUGCCUCUCCUGGCAGAGGGGAUCCGGAUCCACGGGGAGAAGCUGACGGAGCAGCUGAAGCCGCUGCACGAGAGGCUCACAGGCUGCUUCAGGGAGCUCAGGAGGAAGGUGGAGAAGCAGUACGGGGUCAUAACUCUGCCCCCGGCGCUGACCGACAGGAAGCCCAGCAGGUCGGGCUCCGUGGUGCUGCCCUACAUCAUGUCCUCCACCCUCAGGAGGCUCUCGGUCACCUCCGUGGCCUCCUCCGUGGCCUCCGUCUCGUCCACCUCGUCCGACAGCGCGUCCUCCAGGCCGGGCUCCGACGGAUCCACCCUGGAGCCUCUCUUGGAGAGGAGAAUCUCCACAUCUUCCAGAGCCGAGGAGCUGCCUGUGAAAGAGGAUGGUGACAACAGGAUCAGCAAACUCAAGAGGAAGGAGUGGAGCAUUAGCAAGUCUCAGGUUAUUGUGGAGAAGGAGCCAGAACCAGAACUGACUUCCCAAAUGGGCGCGGCAGGGAAGGCGCAGAGGCCCAAGAGCCUGCAGCUGGGGGACGGCAGGCUGAGCCUGCUGCACGGCUCCUCGCUGCAGCAAUGCAGCUGCAGCCCACCCCCCAUCACCCCCAAAACCCCCCGCACACAGAGCUCCCCCUCCCUGCAGGGUGAUGGAUUGGCCACGCCGCCCCCUCCUCCACCCAAGAGCAAACCCUACGAGGGCAGGAACUCCGUGGAGGUUGCUCCACCACUGCCCAGCAGAAGAGAGGCCAAGCCUCCCCCUCCGCCCCCCAAGGCCAGGAAAUCCAGCGUGGUGUCCUCGGAGCAGGGGCUGCCGUGAGGGUCUGGGGGUUCCUGCACCUCCCCUGGAGCUUUCCUGGGAAAUGCCACCAAGGAGCUGCUGCUGGCACCGGAUUCCCUGUGCUGUGUUUGCCUGGGCAGCACUGACACACCAAUCCCUGCUGGAAUUCUCUCUCCUGGUCUGUCUGUCCCCAGUUCCUCACUGCUGCUGGCACUGGAUUCCCUGUCCUGGUUUGCCUGACACACCAAUCCCUGCUGGAAUUCUCUUCUCCUCUCUCCUGCUCUGUCUGUUCCCAGUUCCUCACUGCUGCCAUCCCAGCAGCUCCUUCCCAGUGGAACUGGGAAUGCUGGGCUGGUCUCACUGGUGUCACUGCACUGGGCUGCCCUGCCUGGGGCAGGCUCUGCUCAGCUGGGUUUGAGUCUCAUUUUGUGCUUUUUAACGAGGUGGGAAAAUCCCUCCUGGGAAUGAUGGAGUGACAGAAGCUGCACUUGGGCCAGGGCUGGACUGGUACCAGUUACACCAAUACCAGGGCUGGACUGGUACCAGUUACACUGAUACCAGGGAUUUACUGGUACCAGUUACACUAAUACCAGGGCUGGACUGGUACCAGUUACACUGAUACCAGGAAUUUACUGGUACCAGUUACACCAAUACCAGGACUUUCCUGGCACCAGUUACACUGAUCCCAGGGGAUUGACUGGUACCAGUUACACUG